AUAACAACAGGUUAAAUACCUAUGUACUCAAGAAUCCACUUCAGAAUUUCAAAAAAAAGAAAUUGGAGACUAGCUAAAAACAAUAAUAAUAAAAAUGGAUAUAUUAUUUUGCCUUAUUUCACCUUUAUUUCUUACAUAUUAUGUGCUGGCUUUGGAUUCUCCUGAUUGUCCCGAAGGAUGUAAGGAAGUAAUGUACUUUCCUGACAAAAUAUGUCACAAAUUCUGGCGAUGUUUCGAUGAUACGGCUUACCUAUUCAUAUGCCCUCGUGGUCGUCAAUGGAAUCCUGUCCUGAAUAAUUGCGAUUUACCGGAAUCGGCUGGUUGCACUGGAAUGGGAUGGCGCAAUAUUUCUUCAGAGUGCCCAAAUACGAUAACAACUACAACUACAAUACAACCAGUAACACAACCCCAAUGCGAAAACGAAAAAGAUGGUACCUUCUACCCAAACAACGAGUGUAGUAAAUUCUGGACAUGCGCCAACGGCAUUGCCUACCAAUUCGACUGCCCAAAAGGCCUAUACUGGAACUCCAAUUUAAACGUUUGCGAUUGGCCAUUGUUUGCCGGAUGUACUCAAGGAAAAGUGAAUAUGUAAACAUGAAUUUGUAUAGAGACUGAAAGAGAAGUAUUUCGCUGUAGUUAGAUUACUUGUACAGGCCUAUUAUUUAAUAUUUCCAUGUUUGGCUUGCAUCCACUUUUUUAUUAAAUUAAU